UUACUGUUUCAUUGCAUACUUUCCCUUGGGCCGUGGGAACGAAGAGCUGAGAGACUAGGAAACUAGGAGGAGGCCGUAGUGUGGGUCAGGAUUGGAUAAUGGGAGAAAGGGCAGGGGAGACAGGUGGGGGUGAGGGAUCAAAGAUUGGGCAGGAGUGUGACUGGGGUUCAGUAUCCCCACCGGUGCUCCCUCCUCCAACUCUUUCUCUUCCAGGUCUAGCAUGAGGACCAUGUGGAAGUUUCUGAAAUUGGGGAGCUUGCUGAUGGGCGGUGGGGCUCGUGGAGGGUAGACGGAGCACUAGAAUAUAUUCCCAGGCUGACACCGGCCCCUCCCUGUCCUCCGGACUGAAAUGGGGAACACGCUGGGCCUGGCGCCUAUGGGGACUUUUCCCCGCCGGAGCCCCCGCCGAGAGGAACCUCUGCCUAACCCUGGGAGCUUCGAUGAGCUACAUCGACUAUGCAAAGAUGUGUUCCCAGUACAAAUGGAGGGAGUGAAGCUCGUUGUCAACAAGGUUCUGAGCAGCCAUUUCCAGGUGGCUCAUACUGUGCACAUGAGUGCCCUGUCCUUGCCAGGCUAUCACCUCCAUGCGGCCUAUGCAGGAGACUGGCAGCUUAGCCCCACAGAGGUGUUCCCCACUGUGGUAGGAGAUAUGGAUAGCAGUGGCAGUCUCAACGCCCAGGUCCUGCUUCUGUUGGCAGAGCGGCUUCGAGCUAAGGCUGUCUUUCAGACACAGCAGGCCAAGUUCCUGACAUGGCAAUUUGAUGGCGAGUAUCGAGGAGAUGACUACACAGCUACUCUGACCCUAGGAAAUCCUGACCUGAUUGGAGAAUCAGUGAUCAUGGUUGCUCACUUCCUACAGAGCCUCACUCAUCGGCUGGUACUGGGAGGAGAGCUCGUUUAUCACCGGAGACCAGGUGAAGAGGGAGCCAUCUUGACUCUGGCUGGAAAGUAUUCAGCUGUACACUGGGUAGCUACAUUGAAUGUGGGAUCUGGUGGGGCCCAUGCAAGUUAUUACCACAGGGCAAAUGAACAGGUUCAAGUUGGAGUGGAGUUUGAGGCAAAUACAAGACUACAGGAUACAACCUUCUCCUUUGGUUACCACCUGACUUUGCCCCAGGCCAACAUGGUGUUUAGAGGCUUGGUGGAUAGUAAUUGGUGUGUAGGUGCUGUGCUGGAAAAGAAGAUGCCCCCACUUCCUGUCACCCUUGCCCUUGGAGCUUUCCUCAAUCACUGGCGCAACAGAUUCCAUUGUGGCUUCAGCAUCACUGUGGGCUGAGGUUGUCCCAGAGCCAGCCCCCACAGCAGCUGGAACCUCUGAGUCAGGGUGCCCUAGGGCCAGAGACUAGGCCCCUCUCCAAAGCCCACCUUGCUGGGUGACUUCUAGGUCCCAGAAGCAGAGUGGGGGGACAGGACCAUGUCCUCAGAACUGGAGCUGACAGAAGGUCAGUUGAUGAGGCUGUGGUUUGAGGAUCCACAUCUUCUACCAGCUGCACUAUCAUCUUCCAUGUGCUCUUGUGGCUCUGGACUAAAGGAGAAGGAUUAAGGUGUAUGGCUGGCUAAAUUUGCCCCCUUACUUCCUUCUUUAUUUUCCGUUGGAUCAAGGCUCCUAACCUUUCCUCUACAGAGCAAAAAAGUCUACAUGGGAUUAGCUCCCCAUCCUGCUUUCCCAUCUCAGAGUCUGUUAAAACUGAGGAAGUAGGGUUGAAGGGCUAAAUAUUUGGCCCUAUAAAACGGGACCCACCCAUUCCCAGAAGGAGUUUUACCUCUUAAACCCUGAGGCUUCCUCCUUCACCAUCUUCUGUGCUUCCUCACCUUUCUCCCCAUGAUCACCCUCCUUCCCUCCCAAGUUUCCCCCAUGAUUGCAUGAAGAGGCAUUUAUUAGUCUUUGCAUUGCAAGCACUGAGCUCUUUUUGUAUUGGUUCCAAUAUAUGGUCCCAGCAGUUUCUGCUUUCUAGUCCAGUGUGUCCCAGGUGGGUUGGAGAUGGAAGCAAGCAUGGGUCUCAGCUGCAGAUCUCCUGGAGAAGUGGCAUCAUAGCAAGCAGUCCCUGGAUGCGCUGGAUUUGGAACCAGUAAGCAUUGUUAAGGCUCCGGAGCUCUGCUAACAGGCCCAUCAGCUUUGCAUACAGAAACCUUUGGAGGAAGCAGUGGGAUCCCCAUGGAAAAAGAAGAGAAAGAAGGCAGCUGAGAGUCUUGUCCUAAGGUUCUGUUCCCUUGUAUUGUCCCUCAGUGAAGCUAAGUCUGAGCGUUAAAAAAAAAAAAAUCAUAGCUUGACAAGACAAAUUUACUGAAGAUUCCAAAGGUCCCCAAGGGGUCCUCUGACAUUGUUUUCUCACUCCAUUCCCAGUUUUUCCUGAACCUCGAGUUUAGAAGGCCAAGUAUGAAGAAAGCCCCAGAUUUGUCAGAAUUUUAACUGUGUAGAAUUUGAGGGUCUAUCUAACCUUCUAGAACUUGUCUUAGAAGGUGUGUGUGUUCUGUGGUAUAAAGUGCCCCCAUUUUAGCAAACUCACUCAUUGAGGAAUGAGCCACACAAGUGACACAUUGCUCAGAGCAUGGAUAGAUCUUAGUCUACUGAACCAAGAGCAGAGUUUGGCCAUGAAACUGUAAGUGAUCAUAAUUUCAAGGAAAAUGAAAACAUACAAGGAAUUGGCUCAAUGGAGAGAGAAGGAAGGGCCAAAGAAGAAGAGUGAACAAGACUUUAAAAAAUCUAUGUUAUUGGGCUGGGAAUGUGGCUUAGUCGUGGAGUGCUUGCCUAGCAC